AUGGACUACGCCCAGCACCAACUCAAUAUGCUCGCACACCAUCUGCCCUCCCAGAUGGUGCCCAACACCCAGCAGCAGCCGGCGCCCACUACGGUGAUGACCAAGCCAGAAAGGUACUAUCUAGGCGGGGCGUACUUGCGGCCAUCCUAUCCCGGCAUGGGCUUGGGACCAAUGUACAUUGGGAGGUAUCACCCCAAUAUCGGAUAUGUGCCCAGCAAUGGUAUGAUGAUGGGCGGUCAUGGGAUGUCUAAUUGGUGUCCCGGAGGAGGUAUGUAUGGAAGCUUUGGAAUGGGAUAUCGUGGAUACGGCGGAGUUGUGGAUCCCAUGGGAACGUAUCCUUUCGGCUAUUGA